AUGGAAGACGAUGAUUGGCAAGAUCUGCAGGAACGGGCAGCCGGGACGAUCUGGUUGUGCCUUGCAGAUGAAGUUAUGUAUCACACUGAGGAGAUUACUUCAGCAUUGUUGGCUCACAACCAGCGGAAACAGAAAUCUGGAGAGUCAUCUUCUCAAAGUGACAGUUUAUAUUUGAAGAGUAACCAGUAUCGUGGAAGGAAACAGGUGCGGGAUAAUUCAAGAAAUCAGAAUUUCAGAUCCAAGUCGCGAGACAAAUCGAAAGGGAAGAAAACUGUGACGUGUUAUAAGUGCAAGGAACAAGGGCACUUUAAACGGGAUUGCCCAAAGUGGAAGAAACAGACUGUUGAUAUGUCAUCCAAGUCUGCGAAUGUGGUACAAAAUGAGGAAUCCGAUUGCAGUGAUGGAGAUAUGUUAUCUAUUUCGACUACGCAGUAUGAUGAUGCUUGGAUUCUCGAUUCUGGAUGUUCAUGUCAUAUAACGCCUAACAGAGAGUGGUUUGCUACUUAUAAACCAGGCAACUCAAGUUCUAUUUUUCUUGGUGAUGAUAGAUGUUGCGGUAUUGUCGCAGUUCUUGAUAAGGGAGAGAGUUCGAGUUCUGCACCUGAUGAUGUUGAUCAUGAUGUUUCUGGCCCAACUGAUGUGCCAGAGAGCUACAAGUUAGCUCGGGAUAGAGAAUUUGAGAUGAAGAAUUUGGGGGCUGCGAAGAAGAUUAUUGGGAUGGAGAUUCACAGGGAUAGAGGAUCAAAGAAGCUGUGGUUAUCUCAGAAGGGUUAUGUGGAGAAGGUGCUACAGAGGUUUGGGAUGAAUUAA